AUGGCCGACAUCACUACCAACGGCAUCGAAAAAGGCGCGAAUAGCGAAGCAGCAACAUCUGCGUCGCAACCCAGUAUCCCUCCUGUUGCGAAGACUCCCAUAAAUGCUGGAGAAGAAUCUAUGGAGCCAUCAAUCGCGACCAAUACCGCAGCUCCCGGGGCGGCGACCGCACCUGACUCCGAAACCCCGGCGCAAAACGAUGUUGCUACCACUGGUUCAAAGGAAUUGAUCGAGAAGAUGGACGCUGCUGAUACAUUGGCUUCGCAGCCGGAGAAGUCGGCCGAAACGGUGCCUGCAGAGUCUACUACUACGGAGAUAGCAACUGACACACCAUCACUUACAAAUGGUGAAGCUAAAGAGCCUCCUAAGCCCGUUACUAUCGAAGAGGUUCGCGAUGAAGAUACGCCGGCCGCAGCUGAAUCCCAGCCUGCUGAGAUGACUGGGGCACUGCCCGUCCAAGAACCGGCAAAUGACACUCCGAAAGCCGAACCAGCACCAGUUACUGCCGAGCCUGAUAAAUCAGAAGCAAAUACUGGAGAGAAGCGCAAGCCAAGUGAAUCCAAAGCAUCUAAUGGCGACGCUACGCAGGAGGAGUCUCCGGAAGAACCGCCGGCCGAGAAAAAGCAAAAGACCAAUGGAGCUAAUACUAACGGUACGUCCAAGAAAGUUGGUCGACCAAAGAAAGAGUCAAAGAAGGAUAAAAAGGCACCAGUCCCCGUUGGCAGGACGGCAAGGAAGACUAGAAGCCAAGGAGCUGCGGAUCAAAUCGUCUAA